AUGGCAUUCUUUGGACUUCGUGCUUAUUCUACACCUAUUUUAAAGCCUAUGUAUCCUUUCAUUUUAGGAGGUGGUAUCAUCUUUUAUGGAACCUACAAGCUCCGUAAUGCUCUUCUUGCUGCGGAAGAAAAGAAGAACGAGAAACCUGCAUCUGGUCAUUAA